CUUGAUUUGAAUUCCUCACUCAGUCAAAUGUUUUCAGGUUUGGCUGCAUAUUUUUGUAAUGAAACCUUGCGCCUAUAAGUCAAUUUACAUUUUUACAGACAUUGAAAAGUUGCACAAUUGAAGAGAGAGCAAUAAGGCUAAAUAAUUAUGGCGACUACCGUGGUUGUCCAACAGCCUUAUAUGAAGGCAAACACUCAAAUGAGUGCCUGGAGUACAGGACUGUUUGACUGUUGCCAGGACAUGAAUUCUUGUUGCUAUGCGUUCUGGUGCUGCCCAUGCUUUGCCUGCUCCACCACUGGGGAGUUUGGGGAGAGCACCUGUCUGCCUGUGAUAGACCUGUUAGGCCCAGGUCUUAUGGCUGCUUUCGGAAUGGUAGUAUGUGUGCCACCUGUUACUUUGGGAAUGAGGGUGGCAGUUCGUCACAGAUACGACAUUGGGGGCAGUCUCUUUGAGGAUAUCCUGAUGUCCUGUUGUUGUGUCUGGUGUUCCUGGUGUCAAAUGAACAGAGAAAUCAAAGAACGCAAAAAACCCAUCACCGUAGUGACCAUGCAGCCUGUGGUUCAAGCUGUUCCCAUAACAACCACCACAGAAGUUCUCUCUGUCAGACAGCAGUCGACUGAAGUGAUGGGCAUGGCACAAGUAGCAGUCGCACCACCGAUCCAGACUGGUUCACCUGUUGUCAUGACAGUUGUUCCAUAGAAGGUUGCCCAGCAGCCACAUGGAUGUGACAUGAAAGCUUUUGACAGAUUGUUCAGGUUUAAUAUGUAUCGAAUCUUGAUAAAGUGUUUCAAGGCCAUCUUUUCUAUAAUUUAGUGUGAGUCUUAAACAGAAGUGUCCAGACAACUUUUUGUUUUAAAGACAGCAUACAGCUUGAUGACUCAUGCAGCAUCUUGUAAUUUCUUACUCAUUUUAUUUUAUGUUAAAUGUAUCAAAUGAAAAUAAAAUAUUAAAUCUGAGGUUUGCAAUGUGGACUCUCAAAUGCCACUGUAUAAAAAAUAACUUCUUUCUAAGUUUCUAAAAUAUUCAAUAUUAUAUAGCAAUUAAAACUGACUAUGAUGCUGUUUUUGUAAAAUGCAAAAAAAAAAAGACAUUUUGCACUGUUUAUAAUGGUGACAAGAUCCUGCUUUUCCCCGUUGAUGGCAGCCAUUGGGUGAACAUGGAGGUACUGAUUUGAAUAUGCAGUAACAGUAGAAGAUGAUCGCACUAUGACGCACUUCUUUAUGUGACAUGGCAGAGGCGUCAUGCCCAUUCAGACUGAGGGGGCAUGUGCCCCCUUAGAUUUUUGAGUGAAGAGGAUUUUUAAUGGAUUAUUUGACAUUCCAAAGCCUUGUACCUUUGAAAAUUAAAUUAAAUGAU